UGAUCAGGCUCAGCUGUCUAUCCUCAACGAGCAGCUUCUCUUUCGAUUGCUUUCUCCACGAUCAAGCCUACUCGACACAAUGGCAACAGUCUCUGGCAACAGACCGGCCGAUCCCUUGGCUAAGGGCACUUUCGCAACGGCGAAGCAAGCUUGGAGCGACCUUUUCAAGUGGGAGCAACGUGUGGUCGUCAGGAACGAGUAUGGCGAGGACACCUGCGAGUGGCAGAAGCCAGAACCACUUAAGAACCCUAUCAGUCUGCUUGCUCAGCUGCGUCUGAAGGACUGGGCCUACUUCCUCGUCGGUUUCUUCGCCUGGACUGCCGAUGCAUUCGACUUCCACGCCCUUUCUAUUCAGACCACCAAGCUGGCUGCAUACUACCACAGAAGCAACACAUCGAUCACCACCGCCAUCACAUUGACACUGCUCCUCCGAUCCGUUGGUGCUGCAUUCUUCGGCCUGGCUGGUGACAAGUUUGGUCGCAAGUGGCCCAUGGUUCUCAACAUGAUCAUUCUUGGUCUUCUUCAGAUCGCCACCAUAUAUUGUGGUACCUUCAACCAGUUCUUGGCUGUCCGAUCUCUCUUCGGUCUGUUUAUGGGUGGUGUAUACGGUAACGCCAUCGCCAUGGCUCUUGAGAACUGCCCUGUCAACGCCCGUGGUCUUAUGUCCGGUAUCCUUCAGCAGGGUUACUCAUUCGGUUACGUUCUCGCAGCUUGCGCCAACCUCGGUGUAGGCGGUGAGACCAACACCUGGAAGAUCGUUUUCUGGGUCGGCGCCGGUUUCUCCAUCCUCGUCGGUCUUGUCCGCAUCUGCUUCCCCGAGUCCCAGCAGUUUAUUGCCGCAAAGAAGGAGGGCAAGCAGAACAAGGAUCCUGGCGCUUUCUGGGCCGAGACUAAGGUUAUGCUCAAGGCUGAGUGGCGCAUGGUUGUCUACUGCAUCUUCCUCAUGACCUGGUUCAACUUCUACUCCCACACCAGCCAGGACUCCUAUACCACUUUCAUGAAGCAGCAGAAACACCUCAGCGCCGCUGGCUCUACCCGCGCUUCCAUUCUCAUGAAGACCGGUGCUUGUGUUGGUGGCACCAUCCUCGGUUACGUAUCGCAGUGGUUCGGCCGUCGUCGCACUAUCGUUUGCGCUGCUAUCAUGUCCGCUCUCCUUAUCCCGGCCUGGAUCCUGCCCACCACUGAGCGCGGUCUGUCUGCCUCUGGUUUUAUGAUCCAGUUCUUCGUCCAGGGUGCCUGGGGUGUCAUUCCCAUCCACCUUAACGAGCUGUCGCCCCCUGCUUUCCGUUCUUCCUUCGUCGGUCUCACAUACCAGCUCGGAAACAUGAUCUCCUCGCCGUCUGCCCAGAUCGUCAACGCCGCCGCUGAGUCGCUCAUGAUCACCACCCACGGUGGCAAGCGCUCCCCCGCUUACGGACCCGUCAUGGGUGUUGCUACUGCCAUCAUCGCUAUGGGUAUUGCGAUCACUACUGCGCUUGGUCCUGAGAAGAAGGGUCGCCAAUUCGAGCAGGCUGGUCCUAUCGGUGCCAACGUUGAGCCUGUCAAGGAUAUCGAGACUGGCAGCAUUGAUGAGAAGGAUGGUGCUCGCGCUGUUGAGAUCGUCGAAAACAAGGAGACUAGGGCUUAGAAGGGAUGUCGAGAACUCGCCCUGGCAGCCCAGGUCGCCGAGCUACGACUGGAGGAUAUGUGAAAGAUGAGGAUUAGUGGGAUUAUGAUACCAGAAGCAUGAUGCAUGUGUUAUGAAUUCAAGUUUCAAUUACUACACGUCUCUUCUUUCGUUCGACUCG